UACCUACACUGGAACGCACGUUUGAAUUGAGACACAAACCACUCCAUGCAGCUUAUAGCCUUAUAGUAAAAUCCUACUUACACUGGACCACCACGUUUAAGAUAGUUUUUGAGGUAGUUCAUGCAGACGCUUGUUUUAGAUAACUAAACCGGCUACUUUUCAACAUAGGAGGUUGUCGGCAUCUUAUUGCUCAGUUUUAAUAUUUCAAAACCCGACAAAUUGUUUGUCAAGAAACUAAUUUUUCCAGAUGUUUUAAUACUUCUGAGAUAUUUCCAACCUCAGCUGCGUCAAUUUUUUGCACAUUAACGCUCGCGUUGGCAUUGUUUUAAAUUGCCUCAAUCGUUCUAGGGUUAAUUUAAUUUUGGCUGGGUCGUUGACUGCCUGUUGUUUGAGACUGCAAAUCGAUUGUUUUUGCGCUCCAAACAGAGCGUAUAAAAGCAUGAACAACGCGUUGCAAAGCUCAGAAAGUUGGUUGAACUGUCCGUCACGAAGUAACAGCAAACGAAAGUGGUAAAAAAGAGUGAAGCCAGACAACGAUAGCUUGAAAAGAAACCACUAUUAAGGAACGGUCAACUUGGAAUAUGCAGCCAUCACGAGAGUUUAUUGUAUUGACAAGCAUAGUAUUAACCUUUUUGGGUGUUGUUUUUAGUCAAGAUGUCCGUAUUUAUGGCUUUUCACAGCCGCCGAAUGAGGUCUUGAGCGCAAUAGACGAAACAAGAAGACUUCUUCGUUGUAUAGCGCAUGUUCUUCCAGCAAAUGUUUCGCAGCAAACAAUUACCGUGAACCUCAGCGGGCUUCCAACUGGUCUUAACGGCACAGUCUUAUUAGAUGAGCUUUAUCUUCAUAUCCAAACUGGUAGAAACUUAAACGUUGUGCAACAAAGCAGCGAUGAAGUUUGGAUCACGGAACAACAAACAGAUUUGGCUCGCGUUUUCAUACAUUCGUCCAGCAAUGGUUAUCGAGCCAUCAAAAUGCGUAAUGUUUCUGUCGCGUGGCUGGAAAAUAAUGUACAAACUGCUGUUUUGGAGCUCAACACACCAUCUUCCCAAAACAGAGUGUCCAGACACCUUAUAAAAAAGAAGGCUUUUUUCGUUAUAUAUACGUUCUCAACAACCCCCCCAACUUCUCCAAACUGCGAGUCUUAUGACGUCACUAUUACACCCCAGUCUCUUGUGAACGCGGCCGAAUUCACGACGAAAAUAUGCUCGCCUCCCGAUGACGUAACAUUUCCUCUGAACGGAUCAACUUACUUUGAUGUCGGCGCGGCUCUACGAACAUCGUUGGAGGACAAUCCAAUUCCGCGAAAUGCUGCCGUUCUGAGAAAUCCAAAGUGCUGUCAUGCAACAAAAGCAAUUUCCAGGCGUUUUGCUCGUCUUGACAUGACACAGCUUUCAAUUCACGUUUUUGAACUGCAAAACGUUCAAAUUACUGAAUGCGGUUGUCUGAUUGGUUGAUUCUAUAUAAGCACGAUGUAAAAUAGAUUUUUAAACGCGAAAUGUCAACAGAAUAUUCCGUUA